GAUCGGGCGCAUUGUCGUCACGUGAUACAGGAGGGUCCGGCGCUAAUGGUUCGGAGGAUGGAGGGAGAUUUGCUGUUGGCCCUCCAACUACAAGCCGCCUGGGCGGCCGAGGAUGAUGGCGUCCCGGGGGUCGGUCGACCGAGUCCAGCUGAGCCCCCGGUCCCGCUUUCGGUGGUGGACGAGUCAUGGGAAUUGAUGGACCCGAACCCGGACCUGCGCGGCCUCUUCCUGCAGUUCAACGACAUGUUCUUCUGGGGCCGGUUGGCCGGGGUGGAGGUGCGCUGGAGCCCGAGGAUGACGCUAUGUGCAGGUUUAUGCUGCUACGAGGGGAGAGGGGGACUGUGUUCAAUACGCAUCAGUGAACCUCUGCUGAAACUGCGGCCCAGGCGUGACUUGGUUGAAACACUGUUACAUGAAAUGAUCCACGCCUUGUUGUUUGUUACAAACAAUGACAAAGAUCAUGAUUCUCAUGGCCCUGAAUUCUGCAAACACAUGAACAGGAUCAACAAGAUGUCUGGAACCAAGAUCACUAUUUAUCACAACUUCCACGAGGAGAUUGAUGUAUACCGGCAGCACUGGUGGCGUUGUGACGGGCCCUGUCAAAACAGGCGGCCCUACUACGGUUAUGUGAAACGGGCAAUGAACAGAGCACCGUCGGCUCGAGACCCCUGGUGGGCUGAGCAUCAGCUGACGUGUGGUGGGACAUUUACUAAAAUUAAGGAACCAGAGAAUUAUAAGGCAAAGAAAGGGAAGGGAGAAGGAACGCCAGGACAUCUCUCAAGACCCUCAAAGGAUGAAGGUAAAUCUAUGGGUGUCCAUAUAUCCACUGUCAUCCCGUUCAGUGGUAAAGGUCACAUCCUCAAAGGCAGCAGUCCGAACUCAGCUGUUCAACAUGUGUCCCCAGGGAAUAUUUCUGAGAGAUUGCUCGCUCGGUCAUCCCACAAUGUUCCAUGGGCUUCUGAAUCUCCUUUGCGGUUCUGGACCGCUGAAUCUAAUGGGCAAGAAGCUGCUGUAAAGGCCUCAAGUUCAUCUACCUCUCUGCUGUCAGAUUUGGGGUCUCCUGGAAGCCCACCAAAAAGUCCAGGAGCCCACCCAAGCUCAAAACUUACUAAAAAAUCUGUUUCCAACAGCAAGGCUUUUGUCAGCAUCAAUGGAUCACCUGUUCGGAUCAAUAGUGCCAUGCUAAUGAACACUGUGAAGAAGGUGCCAAAAGGUUGCCCGAAAAGGCCCAUCUCUGACUUGGACAGAUCUCCUCUUCAAAGGGACAGGGGUGAUGAGAAGAAGGCAAGGCCUGAUCCAUCCUUUCCCAGAGGGACCAUUUUGCAUGCCUUUGGUAAAUUGUCUACAGUCAGACAGGGAGGUCAAUCCACUGGGGCAAGCAUUUCCAGUGAGGCGGACUCUGAGAAUCUACAGAGCCCGAAAGGUGCUGCCGUGUUACCUCUGCAAGCCUCUGCAAGUGCUGGGAAUGAUAGCAAUAUGCCUGUUAACUGCCCAGUCUGUCAAUCUGCCGUCUUGGCUUCUGAAAUUAACCAACACUUGGAUCUGUGCCUUCAGUGACGGAGUUUAUUAGGAAAAUGUAAAUUGUAAACUCACUUCAGAAUUGUCAGGGUUGGUAAGAAUCAACAGGAGAGGGUGGGAGUUAAUUUGGGAGUGGUUUAUUUUGCCUACGGAUAUUCUGCGUUUUAACUUAAUCCCCACUGUUUGUCUCUGAGACCUUUUAAAGUGAAAACGUGUAUUUGGAACGUUUAUUAAAAGAAUGUUUUCUGCAGUUUUUAUCAUGGUAUUUAAUUGUAUUAAUGUUAACUAAUACUUCCCUAAUUCUUACAGCCAAUUAAAAUGUUAAAUAUUUUUCAAUGCAAUUUCUGUGGAUCUAAAUUAUUUGGAUAAUCUAUUUUUCCAAUAAAGAUGACAGUGACUUA